CCUCCCUUCCCAGGCUGUUUCUGGGUGUAAGUCAGCACCAGGCCUUCCCCUGCCCAGCUCCAAUGGCAGGAGACCUGUGGCAGGAGGAACCAAGAGGGCUGCCUUGAAUGCCCAGGAAACAACGGAGGCAGCAACCCAAACUGGGCAGAGGGAGGCAGAGAAGGUAGGGAAGAGAAUAACCUGCCCCUUGUCCAUAGCUUAGCUGUCCCCAGACCAAUGAGGGCCCUGUGACCAGAAGAAGGAGGAAACAGAUGGCACCUAUCUGAAGUAGGGUCCUGCCUGCUAAAGACUCUAAAGUCAUCACCAAGGUAACAGCUCCAUCUUUCCUGGGAAAGAAAGGAGUCCCAGAUGGAGAUAGUCUAGCAGUGCCCAGCCAGCCACCUCCAUCAUCACACUACAACCAACACCCUCAGAGUCAGAUGUUAUCUGCCUCUGACUAGGGGCCUGGCCAAGGCUGCAUAGGACCCAGAAUCCUCGGGAGUCAGUUCCUUACUUUCAGGAAAACAGGAGCAAGUGUCCUCUUUUCAGACAGCUCCAAGCUUAGAGACCUCAGAAGAUAUGUGACCCACAACACAGCAUCCCAACAAGCAAACAUCAGUGAAGCAGCAUGGGGUACACCCUGGCCGAAGGGACACUCCAGGGGCCCAUCAGCCCAGCCCAACAGGCUGGAUAAUCGGGCCUAACAGAAACCCAAGGAACUAGAAACCAGAGCUGGCUCAGUUGUUUACCUUCCCAGGGCCUUUGGGCUUCAGUUACCCUAACACAGCCCCUGGGACACCUACUAUGCAAAGCUUCCACCUGUGGGAGGAGGGGGAGUGUCUGGCUGCGAAGUGAAGGCUCUGAAGGACUUGACUUGCCACUAUCUAUGCAGAGGGAGAGAGUUGCCCUAGUCUGACCAGAAACUGCAGCCCCACCCCCUCUCUGUAACCCAGACCUUCAGCGGUGUAGGUGUAGAAAGACCUCUAGCCCUCCCUAGUAUUUUGUACAGGAGUGCCAAGAGGCUUAUUGAAUCCCAGAUCACAAGACCCUACACCCCCUUCUGGUUUUAACAGGGCAUCCAACAAAGCUUGAUGAGCCUAGGAGGGACCUAGACUAGGUCCCAGCUGACACCCUGUGAAGCUUCUUCCUGAAGUUGAACACUAUGUGCCCCUAGAGCAGAAAACCCCAGGAAACUUCCCAUAAAGAUGGAAGAGACCAAUAGACUAAGAAAGAGUGGCAGUCGGGAAACAAUGUUGAGACUUUCAUGUGACUAUGGGCCACACAUCACUGUCAUUAGUUGACCCCUCUCCUAGAUGGGGAGAAACAGUGAGAGGAGGCUGGCAGUAGGUCUACAGCAGCUAAGGCUGAAAAGUUCUGCUGAAAUAGCUGGCAGGUGGCUGCCAGUGCCAGCCCCUGAUGUGGUUUCAUAACCUGCCUCAGACCAGAGCCCACAGCAACUCUAUUCUGUUAACCACUUUUUUGCUGGUAGUUCUUUCCCCGUACUUUCCUCCCCUCCCUCUGGCUCCAGCCAGUAUGUCAGACACUCAAGCCGAGGCCAGAGCACGCCCCAAAGCAGCCACCAGGUGGGCCCUUCCCACUCCCUCCCUCAGGUAAGGGCAGCCCUUUAAACAGCAAACCUCCUGCUUUCUGGGUGCAGACCACAAAACAUCCAGAUGUGGAUGGGGUCCCCAACGGAGAGUCCGUGGCGCAGCACGCCACAAUGCCGUUUCCAUUCUGCCCACCCUACAGCGUGCAGGACAACAGCUGCUCACCUCUCAGCUCUGGCCCAGCCUCCCCGACUCGGGAAGGCGAUGAGAGCAGAAAAUCCUACUCCACUCCAGGACUAUGCCAAUCUGUGGUCAUGCUCCCACCCGCCGCUCCCCUCCUGUUCCUCCUGCUGGUGACAGGCACAGGUGGCACCGUGCCCAGCCCCCGGGCGCCUCCCCGGGGCUGCUACGUGGCAGAGGAAGCAGGCGAGCGGACGUUCCGCUGCAGCCAGGCGGGCCUGAGCGCCGUGCCUGCUGGCAUCCCCAACGACACCCGCAAGCUCUACCUGGAUGCCAACCAGCUGGCAUCGCUGCCAGAGGGUGCCUUCCAGCACCUGCCUGUCCUGGAGGAGCUGGAUCUGUCCCAUAACGCCCUUGCCCACCUCUCGGGGGCUGCUUUCCAGGGCCUGGCGGGCACUCUGCGCCACCUCGACCUCUCUGCCAACCAGCUGGCCUCGGUGCCCGCGGAGGCCUUCGUGGGGCUGCAGAUCCAAGUGAACCUGUCCGCCAACCCGUGGCACUGCGACUGUGCCCUCCAGGAGGUGCUCAGGCAGGUGAGGCUGGCACCGGGCACCGGGACAGGCAUCGUGUGUGGCCCGGGAGCGCGCCCAGACCUCGUGGGGCAGGAGUUCCUGCUGCUGGCCCGGGAGGAAGAGCUGUGUGGGGUGGGGCGGGGCGGGGCCCGGAGGGGCACAGACGUGGCUCUGCUGGUCACCAUGGGGGGCUGGCUGAUGCUGGUGGUGGCUUACCUGGUUCACUACGUGUGGCAGAACCGGGAUGAGACCCGGCGCUCCCUCAAGCAGGCCCCCGUGCAGCCCGUGCGCGCCACCCUCAGCACAGUGGAGGUGUCCUCCACCCUGAGCACAGUGGUCUGAAGAGGGGGCGCCCCACCCUCCUACCCCAUGCUGCUGCUUUCCUCUGCCCCCUCCCUCUGCCCACUCCUCAGCCCCAUCCCACCUUCCCUCUCCAUCUCCCCUGAAUACCUGCUCUCUCUGUCUCUCUCUCAACCAACACCAUCUUUGGUACCUGGAGUUUUUGGUGCCAUUCCUGUGCCUGGAUUGUGCUAGACUCAGAAAACCCAAAGCUCUGGGUGCCAAUGGCAGGGGGGAUAGUGACAGAACAGAGAAAGACAGCAGGUGGCACAGCUGUGGGAGCACUGAGGAGGGCAAGUGUGCACCUGGCCGAGGGCCAUCUCAAAGGCAUAAACGUGUGAACUGACACUCCCUGGGCAGAAGAGAGGGAGGGACCCUACACAAAAGGUCAGGGUCAAGGCAAGGACGAUGCAAAACAGCAUGGAGUGUCUGGGCAGCGGCAAGGCCGACCCCAAGGCUGGAAAAAGGGUGUAAGGAUGGGCAAGGGGGUGGAGGGACCAAGCUGGAGGUAAGGCAGAAAGUCGGGGUGCAGCCAGGUUUACAAGGACCCAUGGGCCCCUCUUCCCUUCUCCCUCUGCCUCUGAGAAGCUCACCCUCACUUCUUGCCUCUCAUGUCCCCAGGCUCCUCUUCCUGGGCCCUCUACUGGGGGCCCCCCAGAUCAGGGUCCCCUGCUUCCUUUUCCAGAGACUCCCCAUCUCUCUGCCCUCUCCUUUAUGCCCCGAUACGUUUCCAGAGCUCCUUCUCCUGGGAGAAAGGUGGUUUCCUCCAUGACUGAGCUGGGGACGGGUGACUGGAGAGCUGUGGGCAGGGGGAAGACUCCAGAGCAUCACUGCACAACUCAAUAAAGUCACUUUUGUGAAUG